AUGUCCCGCGGUGGCACCACCUUGUACGUUACGGGCUUUAGCCACGGAACUCGCGCCCGUGACCUCGCCUACGAGUUCGAACGCUUUUCUCGCGCUUCGUCCUCCCGCCCUGUGCUCGCGCACAUCUACGCCCACCAACCUCUCCGCCUUCGUUGCCGCCAUCGUCCUCCCCGCGUUUUACACUCCAUCCUAGCCCCGCCCCGUGCUAUCAAAACCCCACUCCUCGUCCUCGUCCUCGUCCUCCUCGUCGUCGUUGUCCGUCGGUACGGGCGUCUUGUUCGCUGUGACAUUCCCGCCCCGCGCUCAGCGUCUAGCAGACUCUUUGCGUUUGUGGAGUAUGAGGAUCGUCGCGAUGCUGAUGAUGCCUAUCAUGAGAUGCACAACAAGCGCAUCGGUCGUGAUGACAUCUUGAAGAUUGAGUGGGCUCGUACUCCUCCCUCGGCCUCGUGGCGCUUCGACUCUGGUCGUGAUCGGGAGCGAAACCCUCGUCGAUCCCCUCGCCGUGGUCGGUCCCCCUCGCCUCGUCGCAACAAUCGCGACUACUCUCCCCGCAAGGAUGAUCGUCGUGAUCGCGACCGGGACUAUGACCGCGAUCGACGUGAUCGUGACCGUGAUCGAAGCCGUAGCCCGGAUCAUCGGCCCGAUAACAGUGAUAGGGAGACUAAGGACGAGAGGGAGGACCGUGAUCGCCGUGAGAAUGGCGCCAAUGGUGACGACCGGAAGGCCCUCGAAAGUCCUCCUCCUCACGAUGAUCUCGACGUUGCUGAGUAG